AUGUCCUGGGGUGAAGCGGUCUCUGUGUUGACUGUUCUCAACCGAGGCAUCGGUGUUGCUGGUGUACCUGCCAGUUCGGUCUGUGGAGGCGAGGGUUGUACCUCGUACAUGACGGGGCUUGACGAGACCAGAGGGGAUACAGGCACAUCUUCGUGUCCUGGAUAG